AUGGCCAAACGCACCGUUAGCAAGUUGGCGGUAGGGGUAGACCAUAGCGGAAAAACCACCGUUCCCGAUGCGUCCGUUUGUAGUUCGACUGUGGCCGACGAAGAUGCAUCCCAAAAUCGCCCCGCCACUGCGCUGGCUCUUUGCGAGGAGAUGACCUCGACGAAGGCAGCGGCAGAGGGGGCGCCAAACGCACCCCUAUCGUGGCAGUUUCUGUGCCCGCUCUGCAGUGCGGUGGAUCUUGUAGAUCCGGUAGACCUACACGAGCCAGUGAAGGGCACAAUGUCGCCUUCCUCGCUCCAUUCCACAUUUGUUGAUGAGUCAUUUCACUGUCUUGCCUGCCGUGCGUGUGUGGAGCAGUGGCUAUCAGCGGUGCGCGCUUUCAGUGAGAACCAGUCCGAAACGAUAGACCACACCGGCGGCACCACUGGCGCCGCCACCUUUUCACCUCUGUCGGCCUCUGCGCGUGACUGCGCACCUCUCCUUGCGUGCCCAUUGUGCAAUACGAUGUGCGACGCAACAAUUUUGUCGCCGUCUGACCCGAUCGGCGGCGUUGCACGUGUCCUGGAUGCGAGUGCGGUGCGCAACAGCUACACUGGAUCUCAGCCCCUUUCCUGCACCACGAAGACUGGUAGCUGUGUGGGGCCCCCGAGCGCACCCGCCGCAUCCGCGUCGCCUUUCUGCUCCAUUUGUGAGGAGGCAAAGGUGAUGUGUGUGUGCCUGCAGUGCGACUUCGGCAUGUGUGACGCCUGCCACAGAGCCACACACGCGAAAGGUGGGUUUAGGCAGCACGCAGUGCUGAGCUGUGAACAGGCACGCCGGCGUGGCCACCAGAGGUGCGCGCAGCAUGCCGGCAUGGCGCUGGAUCUGUUCUGCGACACGUGCUCAACGUGUGUGUGCGUGACGUGCUGCUUCGGUGGGGCUCAUCGCGGACACGAAGUGUUCCCGCUCGCUGACGUCGCGGCACGCGCUGCCGCUGCGUUGACCGAUCACUCCAUGAAACUUGUGACGUUGCAGCGCGACGCCGAUGCGACCGGCAUGCAAUUAGAGUCACUGUGGCCUGCGUACGAGGCCAAGGUGAAUGACGUCCGCACCGAAAUCCAGCAGUGCUUCUCCAGUCUGCGCCAUGUUUUGCAGGAGCGGGAGGACGCGUUACUGUCGCGACUCGGCGAGGUGUCGGCGGUGGUCGGUCGCCGCUCGUCGAGGCUCAGGAGUGCCAUGCACGCCAUCAGCAGCCUCCUCGGCAGCACUGGCGAACGCCUGCGACGUCUGCCGGGGUCGGUGAGCCCUUCCACGCUGAUGCGCAUUUUUGGCACAGUGCAAGAGCAGCAGCAGUGGGUUUCCCGUGUUUCUGCGCGUGUAAUCGAGGAGGCCACCGCCGUUGCCGAGGGCUGGAGCUAUCACGUGUGCAGUGACGGCGCAAACGGGUGUCGCAUGGCAUCCUUUGUGGUGCUCAACUCCGACACCCCGAAUGCUGAUGGCCUAAGGCAGUACAAACGUGUACUCGCCGACCUCGGCCACCUUGACGCCUCGGCUGAUGCGCAGCUGCCACUAGCUGAGCAAGGGAGCGCGGGCUCCGUAGAGACGGCAAAAGGGCACGGCAACAGAGAGGAGGAGAGCGCGGCGCAGCACCUCUGGGGAGGCAUGGUGGAAGAAUACACGGAACCCACCGAUGGUCUCACGAACAGCGCGCCCGUUGCCCUUUGUGGUGACAGCGACUCUAACUCUGGCGCAGUGGCCAAGGGCGGGGAGGGAGAGGAGACGCUGCUUGUCCGUCCAUCGCACAUCGACCCUGCCACCCCUUUGUUACCAGGGCAAACGGCAGCUUCGAAGUCGAGAGAAGUCUCCAUGGCCUAUCGCGGCAGAGACUGUGGUGAAUCCCGGCAAAGCAGCAGGAGCGUUUCCACGCUGCAGUGGCAGCCCAGACGACCGCAUCUCUUCUCGAUCGGCGCAUCCAGUCAAUCCACCCACGGUCCGCUUCUGGCGUACGAGCUAAAUGUGGAUUCCUCAGUGAAGGGCGCGGGCCCCGGGACGGGGUCCGCCGUUGAUGCUACUACCGCUUGUGGGACGGCAAGCCUGGAUGGCGUCGCCUCCAUGUGGGGUGGUGUGAAGCAGGACCUGUGGGAGGUGGGUGACUGUGGCAGCUCUGCAGCGGAGCGUGGCGCCCUGGGGUGCCACAAACCGGGGUGCGCAGCUGCAGCACGAGGUGUGCGAGACACAAUGCCGUUUCGCGUCUCCCUUCCUCCGCGGCGUAUUGAAAGUCAUGAUCGCGCAGACGACGAUGACUGCUCUGUUAGAGAGGCUGACGACCAGCUGCCGUGGCGCGCUCUUAAGCUGCACCACAGUAGCAGUGUCCAGGAUGGCGUCCGGUCCACUGCGACGUCGUUGCCUCGCCAUGGCUCCACGGCGCGGCUUCAAUACCUCACAGAGUUGGAUCUGCGAAAGCCAAGCGAGGUCGCGCACGAGGCGCAGGACUCGCGUCUCUUUGCUUCAAAGCAGGGCCGAGCAGAGUCUCAACGACGAACCACUGGCCUGCAGCUUGAGCUGUAG